AUGUUGCGCACUGUCGCGCUCGCCAUUCUUUUUGAAACCGCCUUUUCACAACAACUAAACCUUCUAAGGAAAUAUAGUGGAACUACUUUCUUCGAUCAAUGGAACUUCAAGACAGGUAACGAUGCCACCGACUUCUUUGGAGAGCCAGGAAACAACGGCAACGUAAACUGGUUAGACCAAGCCACUGCUGCGUCCCGAAACCUUACUUCAGUCAACGCAGCUGGCAAUGUCAUCAUGAAAGUGGAUGAUUUCACCAGCGCAACUCCGGGUGGAACAUAUGGUAGAGACUCUGUUCAACUGGUUAGCAAGGACCAGAUUACUGCGGGGAGCCUUGUCAUCCUGGAUGCUGUCCACAUGCCCUUUGGAUGUUCCGUGUGGCCUGCCUUCUGGAUGACUGGCGGCGCCAACUGGCCUUCCAGCGGUGAAAUUGAUAUUGUUGAAAAUGUCAAUCUUGCUACCAGGAAUCAAUACUCGCUCCACACCCUUGACGGUUGCGCUCACCCACCCACCAUGUCGUCCUCCGAGACAGGUAACUUGAUCAGCCCCAACUGCUUCGUCAACGCGACUGGCCAGGCAACCAACCAAGGCUGUCUCAUCGCCGACUCUAACCUUUCGUUCGGCUCUGGUUUCGCUAACGCCGGCGGAGGCGUCUUUGCUAUGCUCUGGAACGACGACGGCAUCAAAAUCUGGUUCUUCUCUCGCAGCGGGACCAUUCCUGCAGAUAUCACUACCACCAACCCCAACCCUGCUGGCUGGCCAAACCCUGUUGCGUUCUACCCUAGCUCUACGUGUGACACGUCUAAAUUUUUUGGCCCUCAAUCCAUGAUCCUUGAAACCAAUGUGUGUGGUAAUUUCGCAGUCGAUGUCUUUUCGACCACCUGCCCCGGACGUGGGCAGUGCGUUGAUCUCAUUACUGACCCAUCUAACUAUCACGACGCGUACUGGGAGAUCAAGUCAUUGACUGUCUUCUCCAACACGACCACUAGCACCCCCGGAUCUAGUUCCACUGGGGGAUCUGGGACCACCAAUCCAACGGGGAGCACUGGUGCGGGCACCACAGGUGGUUCAGGUGCAGGCGCACCGCAACCAACUGGUGCUGCUCUUUCACACACACUUGGUCCCAUCGGAGUCGCUGCUAGUGUCUUGGCUCCCCUAUUCGCCUGGAUCCUUCUGUAA